GCUCGGAAACGCGCAGGCAAAGAUGAGGUGGCUAACGAAGGCGAAGACGAGGAUGUGGUCACUGUCGGCCAAGCUGGUCUUGCCUGGCGUAGAGAGAAGCGUAGGGCCAAGCUCUCCGUGCGAGUUCUUCGUCAACUCCUCACUGUAGUCCACUCGCUUGCCGGCAAGCACUCCACGUUUCCAAAAGGUCCAGUCUCUUCUCUUAACCCUACUGACAACGACAAUCAAGGGACGUCGGUAACGAAGGAGAAUGGAGAAGAGAAACCAGAAGGACAAGCAGCAGCAGAUGAGGAGGAGGAUCAGGCUACAAAACCAGCCAGUACGUCUACAAACACGGAGGCCAUGGAAGUUGGUAGUGCUAAUAAUGAGGAAGAGGAGGAGGAGGAGAAAACCACUGCAGAUCUUGAAUCCGUCUGCUCGGAGGCUCCCAAAAUGGCCGAGCUGGAAAUUACGAUUCAAAAGACUUUAGAUGAAAUUGUGAAAACAUGUUUGGCUUGCGAGAUCUGCAAACCACACUACAUUACUUGCUUGACCACAUUAAGUCAUAUUGGUUUGCUUUUCCCUGGUGUCUAUAACCGUCAGUUGAAACCUCUAAUGACGGGUCAUUUGAUUCCAAAUCUCCUCACUAAGGACGAAUUAGAUACCCCAGCCUCUGUUGGCAAAUCUAAGGCGACUUCGACCAAAGCGGCUAGAAAGAGUGGACAAAAGUUAAAUCAACCUUCUACAUCGAAAUCUAGUGGUGAAGAGGCUAAAGCGUCUGAUUGGACUCUUGAUGGAAAUGUGCCAAUACUCACUCGAGCCAAGAUUGCAGCUGUGAAGCUCAUGGCUAAUUGGUUAGUGGGACUGAAGUUGCAGAAUAAGCAGGUCGCACAGGUUAUUAUUCGGCUCAUUCACCGGAUUAUUGUACAUGAUGGUGACCUGACUGGCAAAGGUCAUAUGAGUCUAGGUGACAUGUCUCGAGUGCGUCUGGUGGCCGCAACUUCAUGGCUAAAGAUAGCCAACUUCCAGUUUUACGCUGAGGUCAUUGAAGUUGGUUGGUGUCAAUCGAUGUCCUACGUUAUGUGUGAUCCGUGUCCCAAUGUUCGCCAGAGGUUCCUUGAAGUCCUUCAUAAGGGUCUGAUUCGGCUGAAACUGCCACUGGAAUACAUGGCAAUGUUUUCGCAUGCUGCCGAUGUUCCUGAUUUGGUUUUCCGUCAAUUUGCUAAACAGUACUUUGUUGCGAAUGUGAAACAGAGGCGAGAGUUUCUAGCCAAACAUGGAUCGUUCAGUGAGAAUCCAAGUAAGUUCUGCUUUGCUAUUUGGUUUAUCUAUCUUAUCACGGUUAAAUUUUCUUCACUCAUGAGACAAAAGCUAAAUUUGGUCUUUUAG